AUGGAUUGUUUCAUUGUGGCCAGCCCAUUGAAACCAGAGUCACCUUCGACGACCUCACAAACACUUUAUUCAACAAACGAGGCUCUUUGUAUAACGCCAGAAUACAAAGAUAUUGGUACUGGUGUGGAGAAGCUGCCGAAUAUUUCCGAAGAUACCAAAGUUCCAAGUAUUGAACCCACCGACGAAUUGGCCACAGCUAUCAUUGUGCCAUUGGGUCCACGUGGAUUUAGAAACCUUGUGUUGGAACCCUUAGGAAACAGAGUGUGUUACUUUGACACUGACAGCAUCAUCUAUCGACAUCUACCACUACAAUGGAAUCCAACCGAAGGUUCGUCGUUGGGAGAAUGGAAAAACGAGUUACCAGAAAAUGUACACAUCACUCAAUUCGUAGCUGGAGGGCCUAAAAAUUACGCUUACCAACUGAGCAACGGUAGCAAUGUAGUGAUUGCUGCUUUUGUGACAGCCCAAGCACGUUUAAAACUAUACAGUGUGUUGGAACCCUUAGGAAACAGAGUGUGUUACUUUGACACUGACAGCAUCAUCUAUCGACAUCUACCACUACAAUGGAAUCCAACCGAAGGUUCGUCGUUGGGAGAAUGGAAAAACGAGUUACCAGAAAAUGUACACAUCACUCAAUUCGUAGCUGGAGGGCCUAAAAAUUACGCUUACCAACUGAGCAACGGUGAAACAGUCUGUAAGAUGCGAGGAUUUACAUUGACCUACCGAGGAAUGCAACAACUUAAUUUUGAGACGGUGAAAAACAUGGAAAAACCUAAAGACGAAGACAUUGACGCCGUAUUAGGCAGUUUAAUCGAAGACCCGAAAGGUCACGUGCAGUUGUGGGAAAACGAAGACGAUUGGUCAAUCGACGUAGAAAAAGAAUUAAGAAAAUUCUGGAAAGAAGUUCCUGGUUUACGUAUGAUAUUACCAACAUGGAGAAAAGAGAAAGAGAAUUGUUAA